AUGCCCUCAAGUUCCGGCCAACGGAUCCUUUCCAAUGCGAGAGAGAUGGACAUUGGCCAUGCUUCUUUCUCCAACAUAGGCCGCGAUCAGAUCCACAACGACCAUCGUGUUUACGGGACGCAGAACAACAACGGCGGCGGUCCCCAACACAAUUAUUGUGGUAGCGGUCAAUUUAUUAGUCAUGGGCGGGACCAGAACGUCUACACUGGAAGGGGAAACUCCGACGUCAAUCGUGUCCAGAGUGACUCGCAUGUUCAGAAAACUGCUAGAACACUAGCAGAGAGCCAGGUAGAUUUUGGGACUUUCCGUGCUAUUCCUCGCGGGCUGUGA